CCGCAGGAUUUACUGCACAGAGAGCAGAGACUGUGUGACAGUUUGACGCUGAACUGGACUAAUAACAUCUGCAAAAAUGGUUGAUGCUUUCUGCGCAACAUGGAAACUGAUCGACAGCCAGCACUUUGAUGAUUAUAUGAAGGCACUUGGUGUUGGUUUUGCCACAAGACAAGUGGGCAAUGUCACCAAGCCAACAGUAGUGAUUAGCAAAGAUGGAGACAAAGUGGUGGUGAAAACCCUGAGCACCUUCAGGAACACUGAGAUCUCCUCCAAACUGGGAGAGGAGUUUGAUGAGACCACUCCUGACGACCGUCAUGUCAAAUCCACUUUCACCAUGGAAGGAGACAAGCUCGUGCAAGUACAGAAGUGGGACGGCAAAGAGACCAGAUUCGUCAGAGAAAUCAAGGAUGGGAAGAUGGUGAUGACGUUAACCUUUGAGGGAGUCCAGGCGGUUCGCACAUACGAGAAAGCCUAACCUCACCAUCCACCUGAAAGAGCAAAUCAUCCCAGCACUGCCAAUGAUCAGCAAGGUGUUCUUUUUUUUUUUUUUUUUUUUUAAAGAAGAAACUUUUGUUUUUACUGCAGUGCUACUCGCAGUGAUUUACACUUGAUUUGUUGUAACACGAGAUAAAUAUUUUGGGUACUCUUUUGUAAGCUCUUUUGUAAGUAACUCAGAUGGUGAAGGGCCUGAAGUGUUUUCAUUCUGUGUGUCACAUGUGGGAAAAAAAAAGGGAAAAUAAACGGCUGAACUAAACCUC